CACCUAGCAACCACCGCAGGGCUUGCGGUUGCGCGCCGCCGCCUCCCGCAGUCGUCAGUAGCGCGGCGAGCGGCCGCCAGGAGCCGGCGCUGCCGCCGCCAGACACAGCCCGCCGUAAAACCUCCUGCUCCGGCAUAAUGAUUGACAAGCUCUCCUCAAGCAGCCAGUCUUCUCCAGAUGUGGAUGAUGUGAAUGUGUAGGAAAUGUGGUGUUACUCUGUGGUCGGCACUACUUGAAUUCUUCAAACUAAGAUGCACACUUAAUGAGCUGAAGAAUCGGCCAUGCCAGGAGACCUUUGCGGGAAGUGCUGUUUGAUCCAUAUGUGCGUACCAGCGAGGGCGAUCUGCAGAGUGUUGCAUUGCAGCAGAAACUGAGUGAAAUCGACAGAACGGAUCCGCUUGAAGUGGAUUAAAGGAAGAUGUACAGUACAUUUAGUCCCAAAGAGCCUGGGCCAAGCCUUUCUGAUGUGCAUCAAUAUAGUCAAUGGUUGGCAAGCAGACAUGAAGCUAGUUUAUUACCAAUGAAAGAGGACUUGGCUCUAUGGUUGACAAAUUUACUAGGGAAAGAGAUUACUGCAGAAAGCUUUAUGGAAAAGCUGGAUAAUGGAGCACUUCUCUGCCAACUUGCACAAACAUUACAAGAAAAAUUCAAAGAAAACAACAGUGAAAACAAAGUAGCCAAGAGUCUGCUUCUGAAGAAGAUUCCUUGCAAAGCAAAUGCCCCUUCGGGUUCUUUCUUUGCUCGUGACAACACUGCAAACUUCCUAGCCUGGUGCAGGGAAGUAGGGGUAGAUGAUACUUGCCUUUUUGAAUCUGAAGGUUUGGUCCUUCAUAAGCAACCCAGAGAAGUGUGUCUGUGCUUGCUGGAACUGGGGAGAAUAGUUUCCAGGUUUGGAGUAGAACCAUCAGGGCUGGUCAAAUUAGAAAAAGAAAUUGAGCAGGAAGAGUCACAUUCUGCACCAUCGCCGUCUCCAUCUCCAACUAAAUCUCCUGGAAAGAAGAGUGCAGGAAAGUUGCUCGAUGAUGCAGUGAAACAGAUUUCAGAAGAUCCUCCUUGUAAAUGUCCACAAAAGUUUUCCGUGGAGCGACUUUCUCAAGGACGAUAUCGUGUUGGAGAAAAGAUUCUGUUCAUUCGGAUGCUACACAACAAACAUGUGAUGGUGCGUGUAGGAGGGGGCUGGGAGACGUUUGAAGGUUACCUACUGAAGCACGACCCCUGCCGGAUGUUGCAGAUUUCCAGAGUGGACGGCAAGACCUCUCCAGUCUCCAAUAAGUCUCCAACGAUCAAAGAUUCAAGCCCUGAUAGUUACCUUGUGGUAGCUGCCCAUUACAGAAGCAGAAGAGAGAGUGCAAGCAACAAUAGUGGUAACUGGGGAACAAAAUGAUUACAGAGUAUUUACCAUGCAACUGGACCCACUCUAUUAUCUUAAGUAAUACAAAAUAUCAAAAGCUGGUACCAUCCCUUUCAAACUGAACAGGCUACGAAUAAUUCAACCCAAUCACCCCAAGACUGGGCUUUUGGUGAAACGAGAAAAGAGCCAAAAAAUUUGGAUAAUCAGACUGAGGAAAAAGUGUAAUAACAUUGCUGUUGAUAGAUUUUAGAGAAAAUGAUUGGGAUAUUAAACAAAUUGACUUAAUUGUUUAAGUCUCAUCUUGGGGAAAUUCAUAGUUGGAAAGUGGUAAGAUUGUAGCUGUGCCUAUUUUGAUUACGGACAUUCUGCAUGUUGCCUGACUAUCACACUUCCUGCCCAUUUAAAAAAAACACCUGCUUAGUGUUAAACAUGAUAUUCAUGAUACACCUGUGCCACUGACAGUGCAGGUGGGCUCAACAGCAGCAAAUCCUUUGGGUGCACUGGUCUGGAUACUUGUACAUUGCUGAGCAGCCUUAGCAGCACCAUUUCCAUUCUGUCAUCCAUAUCAUUAUUCCUUUUAUGUGUUUGGAUUGCAUCUCAAUUUUGAGCAUUCCAAAUUCACACUGGUUGACUAGAAUUUUUACCAAGCAACUAAUCUUAAUGCUUGGCACUAUUUGUCUUUAUGGUAGUUACAACGUUAUCCCAGUGCUUCAUUCCACUCUGCUUUCCAUUUUUUUCCCAAUUCUAAAAUUCACACAUUAUGUGCAAUGUAAAAAUCAUUCUCCUAACAUCAUGUUGUUUCAAAGCAUCAGCAAUGCACAAAGAACCAUUUUCAACCAGGUAGAAUACUUAAAGGAUGAUGAGCACUCUGAAUGUGUUUGGUAGCUCAUAUUCUUAAUUUAUUUUAAACAAACACUAUCAAAUCAAUGCCACUAUAGUUGCAACAUGGCUGAUCCAGGCUUGGCCUCAACACCACUUUCCUGCUCUCUCCCUUGUAUUAAGAUCCAUCGAUUCAUUUCUACUGAAGUAGAAAAAUACCACUACUUUCUUAGGAAGCUGAGCAGAGAAAGAGAACAAAAGUUGCAAUAAUUCCCCCUUCUGUUCAGAAUCCUAGGGAUUGAAGUAUAGCUUUAUGAGCUGUUGCAUUUUCCAUUUCUUACAUGUAGACCAAAAGAGUGACCAAUGUGCCUAUAAUCACUGCCCAGAUUUGCUGCUAACCCUAAAGGACAGCAACACUAUCUCCUCAAGUGCAUGCUUAUACAUUGCAUCUAAUUCAACACGUCUUCCAUUUAAGAGAAAGGGAUAUUUUUCCUUACGCUUUUCCAGAUGCAUGCAAAUGCAAACAUUUUAAUUGUACAGGCAGGCAGGAAUAGCAGCAACUCAUUAGACUUUGUGUAUUAUAAAACAAUAUUGCUGUAUUUCCCUCAUCUAGACUCAAGACGAUUGAAAUGUCAAACUUACCGAACAAGUAUCAAGAAUGAGUGCAAAUGAGUCCAAUGGUGUUGAUAGAUCAGCUGGAAUACUGGGCCUGAUUGCGCUGCCGAGCAGCCAGCUUGAUGCACAACUAUCUAGGGCCCAUGCACAAUCUCAGUAGUUGUCCAGUCGCUCCAAUCAGUGGCAAGAUCAGAAUAGUGACUGGGAUACCAGAGGUGUUGUGCAGAGUUCCCAUCAUGAAACAGUCAGAUAGCCUUUGACAGAAAGCAAAGCUGUCACAGAUUAUAAAAAUAAUUUUUAAACUCUGUCAGACAUUUGAAACUCAACAUUGAACUAAAUUGUCUUCUUUUUAAAAAAAACACACAAAAGAGAUUAAAAUAGAUAGAAGUAAAAUCCUCUACCUGUUAAUCUGCUGGUCUAGAAUGCACAUUGAUUUCAGCUCCUAGGAUCCAAGUGACAAUUUCCCAGCCAGGAAAUCAUGCGAAGAUUGGGUCCAUGGGGGCCAGUGCGGAGUCCUUCGAAUCUGUUCUGCUCUUGAAGCCUGUUCAUAUAACUGCAAGAUUUGGUUCAGUUUAAGUGGCUGAAAGCUAGUGAUUUUAUGCAGAACCACCAACCACUGUUAGCAUUAGUUUGGCCCAUUAUUACUGUCUCUUUAAAAUACUUAAUUUCAUUUAAUUUGCAUAGAUUAGCUGCAUUAUGCAGAAUGGAUUUACUUAUGCAAAUAUAAAAUUCUUUCAUUUAACAAGUUCUAGUUGUAACAGCCCCUUCUCAUUCCCUUAUCCAACACUAAUGGAUAAAUUACUUAAAAGAUGGUUGACAUUUAACAUAUCUUUUUGAACAAAAAGGACUAUAAUUAGGUAAAAAAACAAGCUGAUAUAAUUAUUCACAAUAUACUUGUAUUGACCUCCUAUCCAUUUAUUGCCUCAUCUCAAAAUAAAUUUAAGUACAACCAAUGCUGAAAAUCAUAAUCAAGAACACGAAAUGUUGGAAAACGUUCCAGAACCUGGCAGAAUCUGGGAAAAAGAACUCAUUUUAAAGGUAGCUUUUUCCAUUUAGCAAUUCCUAUAGGAUUGUGAAAUCCACAGACAUCUCUAUAUUGUGUUGUUCAAUGAGGUGAUUUAAGAUAAUACACUGGUUUUAUUUACUCAAAAUGAUCUAAGUUACCAAGAAUAUAAUGCAUUUGGCUUAGAUUCAAUGUCAGGAGUAUAAGUGGAGUCAGGCCAUUCACUUGACUUAAAGCAAUAGGGAGGCAAAUGGAGAUGCAUUUCUCCGCAUAAUUUAUGCAAUUGUGUUUGUUAGUGAAUUGCUAUAGUUACAUAUCUAUGAAGAACUGUGAAUACCCAGCUGGUAGAAACAUGCAAUACAUGACUGGAAACUGUCCCGUCAAAUGGACUGUCAGAUACUGCACAUGUGGGCUAAAUAGCAUUAUUCAAGGAUAAGUGAACUAGAAAGCAUAAUAUUAGAAAGAAUUAGCACCUCCAUAUUUAUUUUAGCUUUGCUAAAUUUGGCACAAUCAUUUUCAAACUACAUAGCUCCAAGUAGUAUAUAAGAGCAUAACUAGAUUAAGGCAAAAUUUUCAUUAAUAUGUUGUGGCAUAAAAUGUCAGUAUUUAACAUUCAAUUAUAAAGGCAGGCUAAACAGAAUUUAAUAAAACUGUUACUUUGCUUUUGAAUGUUUCUUUGCAGUUUGUAUAGCAACAACACUUGACAUUAUAUUUCAUCCAAAACAUUAAGUUAUAAUACCCAGAGACAGUAAAAUAAAUUGAGAGACGAUGCCGCAGGUCUGAAUGACUUAUGGUUGCACAGCACAUUGGCACAAAAAUAAAUUUGGUUUUAUUAAGCAAUUCAUUUGUCUAAGCAAGGCAUGGUAUCAAAUUAAAGAAACAUAAAAAAAAACACAAGUUAUCCAGUUCAUUUUGAUUUUUUGUUUUUAAGUUGUUUUCCCUUGAAAAUAUCCCAAGACACAUUCCCACUGACAGCAAGCGUCUUGAAAGGAAUCACUCCAGACCACAUCCAAGGUAAUGUUAGAUAAAUGCUCUAUUUUGUAAUAAAUAUAAAUUCAAGUGCCUAAUUAAGAUAUUCUCAUUUCAAAUCUCAGUAACUUCAACAAUACUGCAUGACACUGGCUAUAAAUUGUCACGAGGUGUUAAAUCUAAAAAUAAUUCACACCACUUAGAAGGGUUGUGGGGACUGUUCAUUCUGCCUGAAAUCAGCAUAACAUAAAUGAUGCUCUGAACUAUACCCAAAUUACAACUAACCUUGGAGCUGUUGAUGGCUAGCAGAUCCCCAGCAACCUACAUCACUGAGCCUGUUUAAAUAGAUAGUAGAUAAAACAUGCUUAUAUUUCCCAACCCAAAUUUACAUUCCUUCUAAGCAUCAUAGCACAUAUUUUUAAUUAGCAUGAAAUAUUUUAAAGUGCAUUUUGAACAGUAAUGAAGAUUCAGUUUUGAUGCAAUGGCUUAGAAUUCGCAAUGAGAAUAACAGUGAGGUUAUGAUGGAAAUUCUAGAUUGCACUUGUUUGGUUAAAUGCAAAAACUGCCAUUAGUGAGGCCUUGCUCUUCCACUGGGUGAGGCAUUUUGCAGCCUUCUCAAGUGUAAAACAAUCUAUAUAUGUUACACAUUGUUGAAUGACUUUUUAAUAGUGUACAAUUUAUAAUUACUGUUUAAUAACUCUGCUGGACCUUAAAAUCUGUGAAUGCCAUUUUCUCAAUUAUUUUAAAAUUCCAUGCUUUUAACAUCAAUAAAUAAAGUUUAUGAUA